CCACUGGCCAACAGGUAUCAACAGGACCAACGGAAAGCAGCGUCAAGGCUUCCCGACACCAAACCAGCGCCUGCAGUUGCAGGGCCACACGCGGUCUGGCCGCUGCUGGCCAGGCAGCAGCCCCAGCGCAAGGCGAAGCUCUCUGGGCGUCGGCCACCGGAGAGCCCCGGGGGCUUCUUGAAGGAGGUCGUCACGAUCUGUGCCCUGGCGCUACUUCGCCCGGCCCUGAGGGCUCUCUCCAUGACAUGUCCAGCCAAAACUGCCGCGGCCUCUCCAGUCCCCAGGUGGGCCAGCUUCGUGCGCUGGAAACAAACGUCAGCUGGGGAAGCUUCUCAAGCGGAAGCUAAUCUUCUGAGGAGAUGCAAGAGCAACUAUCAAGUCGUCGACACGCAGUUGAGUGGCGGCAAGCAGAACUUCAUUCAUAGCAUUGUUGCUGGUGAUGUUGCCAAACCUACCCUGGUAUGUUUGCCAGGCUUUGGUGCAGGCAUUGGGUUCUUUUACAGGAACAUUGAUCACUGGGCCAGACACUUCCAUACAUAUGCUGUGGACUGGCUGGGAACUGGUCUGUCAGGCCGCCCUGAUUUCAAUGUCAAGGGAAGAGAGGAGGCUGAGGACUUCUUUGUGUCAUCACUCGCUUCCUGGCAAGAGAAAAUUGGUCAAAAGAAAGUAAUCCUGAUGGGUCACAGUCUGGGAGGCUACCUGGCAGCAACGUAUGCAUUGAAGCACCCGGAGCAUGUGGAGCACCUCAUCCUAGUGUGCCCAGCUGCCAUUGCUGGCAGGCCGCCUGAGGAUGAUUCCCCACAAAGUGUCAGAUCUCCAUGGACCUUGAGGGGCCAGCUUUGGCGGUUUUCAAAACUCAUGUGGAACGUGGGUGUGACUCCCCAGUCCAUUGUCCGUCUCAUGGGCCCAUGGGGACCAGACCUAGUGGGGAAAUAUGUUGUCGGCAGGUUCAAUGGUUUCAUAACAGACCCUGAGGAAGCCAGGGAUUUGCAGGAAUAUUUUUACCAAAUAACAGCAGCAAAGGGUAGUGGCGAGUACGCCCUUCGUCACAUCAUGGCGCCCUUUGCAUGGGCACAGCACCCCCUGGAGGACCGACUGGCGGACUUGCGAGUCCCUGUCACGUUCAUAUAUGGGGAGGAGGACUGGAUGGACCCUGCUGCCGCUGAGCGAGCUCUGAAGCUACUCAGGGAAAAGCAGGGCCCUCCCAAGGUUGCUUCAGAUCAACAUAUUGCGUUUGUCCCCAACGCUGGACAUUUUGUAUUCAUUGAUCAACCG